CUCCCUUUGUCCUUGGGUCCCACCGGCAGGCCACAACCCGGGCCUGGGGGAUAGCCUGGGCUGGGCUCCAGCUUCCUUCCCCCAUGGUGGGGAAGGAGAAAGAAGGAGAAAGGAUGGUGAAGGAGCGGGGAAAGUCACUCCGCUAAUCAAUGACACAAAAGUCCUCAGGGUUCAGGGCCUUUGGAGCGCCCAGCCCUUUCCUCUUGGUUCCAGAGCUCUGUUUGGGUUUCCCUCCGGUCCCGAGACUUCUUUCUCUGAGGCUCUCUUCUCUGCCUUCUCUUUGGGGCGGGGGUUGGCUGUGGGAAGGGGGAAGGCUUAAGCACUUCUCUCCACCCCGAUCCUUCACCACCUGGUCCUCCUCUUCCUCCUCCUCCCGGCUCCCUGGCACUGCUAGAACAUCUUCCAGGCACAGCUCAGGGGACAGAGAGCAGCCUUCUGGCCUGAGCAAUUUGUCCUUUCCCACCCAGUCUCUACUUCAUCUGCUUCCUCCUCCUCCUCCUUCCCUUCCUCCUCCUCUUCCUCUUUCCAGCUGCCUCUGCCUCUGCCCAGCCUUUCUCCUACCUUCAUUCUUUUGGUGAUCUGUUCCCCUCAAUUUAUUCCUUGCCCCCUUUCUAUCUCCCUCCUCCCCUCACCCUCUCAUUCCCUCCUUCCCCUUCCCCAUUCCAGAUUUCCGGUUUCCUUCCUGGGGCCAGGAGUGAAGACUCCUUGCCUUUUCCAUCUGCUGUCCCUGGUCUAUCACUGCUCUGCCUAGCCCCCAGUCCCUCUGCAGAGAUGCUGAGUGCCAGAGACAAGCCUCCAGAGGAGAGGGCGGCUUCGGGGCUUCAGGGCUUUGCCAUCGACAAGAGCUUUCUCACCAACCCCAAGGGCAUCCUUCUGGAAGUCGAGCUGGCUCUGACCUUCAUCAUGGCCAUGUGCUUUGCUGCCUCCGUCUCGGCCUACAUGGCGGCGCCCCUGCUUGAGUUCCUCAUCACGCUGGCCUUCAUCUUCCUCUACGCCACCCACUACUACCUGCGCUUCCAGCGCCUCAACUGGCCCUGCUUGGACUUCCUCCGCUGCGUCAGCGCCGUGGUCAUCCUCCUCGUCGUGUCCUUCGCGGCCGUAGCCUCUCGGGAGGGACCCGCCAUCGCCGCCUUCGUUUUCGGAGUUAUCGUUGUUUUCGUCUUUGUCUACGAUGCCUUCAAGAUCUACCAGGCAGAGAUGGCGCCCAGCCCUCCCCAGGGUGAGUGGGUCCAGCCCAGAGCCGUCGUCCUCUCGCUGGCCCCUGAGGAGAAGCGGUACGGAGGGAGGGCUUAGCCCGAGUCCUCAUGCUCUCUGUGCUACCUUUUCUCUAGGAGAACCCCAGUAGGACCCAACCCCAAAGUUCUGGUUUCUCCCAUGAAUCCUGCAGUUCCUAAAAGCUUCCGAAACCUGCUGGAUUUCCAGGAACUCCCCUGCCCGAGAGAAAUCAGCAGGGGGACAGAGUCCCCCCGGGGCCACCAAGCCCACAGAAUCUCCAGUGGGUCUUCAGCCAGCUCUCCCGCAGCAAGACCCGGGUUGCCACUGGACCGAAGCCGGCAGACUGACGCUGGUGGUUGGGUGGGAAGCGAAGGAAAAGAGAGACAAGUUGGGGAAAGGGUUGGGUCUGGUUAAUCCCUCAGGUCCCAGACUUCAUAAAUUAAAGGUGUCAAAUCUUGGGCCCGA